AGGUUCUGGCGCCGCGUGAGUCCCCCACUGGCGGCUCUGAAAAGCCAUCUUUGCAUUGUUCCUGGGUCCGGUUUCCUCUCGUCGCAACCACCUCCGCCGCGCUCCUCCGCCGCUGCGGACUCCGGCAGCUUUAUCGCCAGAGUCCCCGAACUCUCGCUUUCUCUUCAUCCCCCGCAUCGGAUCACCGACGUGCCCCACCAUGUCAGACGCAGCGGUGGACACCAGCUCCGAGAUCACCACCAAGGACUUAAAGGAGAAGAAGGAAGUUGUGGAUGAGGCAGAGAAUGGAAGAGACGCCCCUGCUAAUGGGAACGCUGAGAAUGAGGAAAAUGGGGAGCAGGAGGCUGACAAUGAGGUAGAUGAAGAAGAGGAAGAAGGUGGGGAGGAAGAGGAGGAGGAGGAAGAAGGUGAUGGUGAAGAAGAGGAUGGAGAUGAAGAUGAGGAAGCUGAGGCCACCACGGGCAAACGGGCAGCUGAAGAUGAUGAGGAUGAUGAUGUUGAUACCAAGAAGCAGAAGACUGAGGAGGAUGACUAGACAGCAAAAAAGGAAAAGUUAAACUUAAAAAAAAAAAAAAAAGGCCACCGUGACCUAUUCACCCUCCACUUCCCGUCUCAGAAUCUAAACGUGGUCACCUUCGAGUAGAGAGGCCUGCCCGCCCGCCCACCGCAGGCAGCGCCACCCGCAGAUGACAUGCGCUCUUCACUACCCAACCAAAACCAUGAGAAUUUGCAACAGGGGAGGAAAAAAACCAAAACUUCCAAGGCCCUGCUUUUUUUCUUAAAAGUACUUUAAAAAGGAAAUUUGUUUGUAUUUUUUAUUUACAUUUUAUAUUUUUGUACAUAUUGUUAGGGGUCAGCCAUUUUUAAUGAUCUCAGAUGACCAAACCAGCCUUCAGAGCGGUCUCUGUCCUACUUCUGACUCUGACUUUACUUGUGGUGUGACCAUGUUCAUUAUAAUCUCAAAGGAGAAAAAAAACCUUGUAAAAAAA